CUCCUUUAUCUCUCCCCCCUCUGUUUUCGGCUUUAAUCCUGCAAAUUGCAGAGCAAAGUUUGGGUUUUGAACAUAGGAGAUGGUGCACCAUCAGCGUUACAAUUACAGUCAGUUGAAAAAGGGUGGAGAUGAUGAGGAGGAAGGGACCCUUGUUCUUGUUUGGACCAACCCUGGUUAUUACAAGAGAAGAAGGACCAAGCUUUUCUCUUUCCUUUUGCUUUCUCUUCUCUCUUGCACCUUCAUUUUGGCUCCUCACUUCUUUACCUUUUCUUCUCCUUUUUCUCAUCUCUAUUCUUUUGGUGUACAGAAUGAAAGCCUUGCUGGGAAUAAUCAUGUGAAUGCUCCUAUUUGUUCUUCCAUCUCUAAUGGUACAAUUUGCUGUGACAGAAGCCAUUUUCGAUCCGAUGUUUGUUUCAUGAAGGGUGACAUAAGAACACAAUCUCCCACCUCUUCCGUUUACGUUUACUCGUCGAGAAACGGUGACGACGAACUUCAACACGAAAAGAUCAAGCCCUAUACCCGAAAAUGGGAAACGAGCGUGAUGGACACCAUUGAUGAACUGGACCUUAUCUCCAAGAGACGAAAUUCGGGUGUUCGCCAUCGCUGCGAUGUGGUUCAUGAUGUUCCGGCGGUAAUGUUCUCGACUGGAGGCUAUACCGGCAACGUUUAUCAUGAGUUCAAUGAUGGGAUCAUCCCUUUGUACAUAACUUCACAACAAUUCAACAAGAAGGUCGUGUUUGUGAUCCUUGAAUAUCAUAAUUGGUGGGUCAUGAAGUAUGGUGACAUCCUUUCACAUCUCUCCAAUUAUCCACCAAUUGAUUUCAACCGAGACAAUCGAACCCAUUGCUUCACCGAGGCAAUAACUGGUCUAAGGAUCCAUGAUGAACUCACCGUGGACCCUCUUUUGAUGAAGGAAAACAAGAGCAUCGUCGAUUUCCGACACCUUCUCGAUCGAGCAUACCGACCUAGGAUUCAAGGUUUGGUACGGGGUGUUGAGCAAGCACAAGAGAAGAUGCAACCAAAGUUGGUCAUACUGUCACGAAAUGGUUCAAGAGCCAUAACUAACGAGAACGUUUUGGUGAAAACAGCAGAAGAAGUCGGGUUUCGGGUUCAAGUCCUGAGACCCCAACCAACAACGGAAUUAGCCAAGAUUUACAUGGAACUCAACUCGAGCGACGCCAUGAUCGGUGUCCACGGUGCAGCCAUGACUCAUCUGCUGUUCAUGAAACCUGGCUGCUCGGUUUUCAUUCAAGUGAUCCCACUCGGAACAGAUUGGGCGGCCGAGACGUACUACGGGGAGCCAGCAAAGAAGAUGGGAUUGAGGUACAUCGGGUACAAGAUCAACCCCAAAGAGAGCUCAUUGUCCGAUGAAUACGAUGAAGAUGACCCUGUUUUGAAAAACCCUUCGAGUUUAAAUCAAAAGGGAUGGGAAUACACCAAGAAGAUCUACCUUGAGCGUCAAACCGUGAAGUUGGACAUGCAACGAUUUCGGAAGCGGCUCGUUCGUGCUUAUGAUCAUAUAAUCAGUACGAACCAUCGGAAAACUCGACUCCGGUCGCAGUAAUUUGCCGAUUGAGAUGUGAUUAUAUAACUUAAAUUCUUUUGAAACUUGAUUGUUGUAGAUGGA